AUGUCCAACGAGAUGAUGAACUUGGACCCCAAGGAUUUUCCCGCCGACUUCUUCGCCCCACCCCCAGAUAUCAGUGCGUUCACCAUCUCCAACCACUCGGGUGAAGAUGCUGCUUCCUGCGGGUCUCUCUCAUCGGUAUGUCUAUUCCAUCGGCAUUGA